GCCCCAGUCCGGGAGCGUCCGAGCCGCCGUGCGUUGUGGCCUCCUCGACCUAUCGCGUCCCUUUGCAGCCCUUUCCGCAGCCGAGCGCUUACGGCGUGCCAGGACCUGCCCAGCAAGGGCCCUUCUGUGACCCCUCCCCUUAUCCUCCGGCCUCCCCCCUCAGCCCGCGAGUCCGCCGCCUCCUCCCUCCGCGAUGGCUUUCCGGCGUCCUCCCCUCUGCACCGAGUCAGUUUUUCUGUUUCCAAACCACAUCUGCCUGCGUGCGUUGCAGAAGCUCGGCCAGAGGCGGGACAUCACCUCCUGGCUGGCCCGAUGGUUCCCGAAAACCCCAGCCAAGGCCGUGGUGGCCCAGAAAGAGCCCAUCAAGGUGGAGCUGGUGGCAGGGAAAACCUACAGGUGGUGCGUGUGUGGCCGCAGCAAGAAUCAGCCCUUCUGUGACGGCUCUCACUUCUUCCAGCGCACAGGCCUUGCCCCACUCAAGUUCAAGGCCCAGGAGACCCGCAUGGUGGCCCUCUGCACCUGUAAGGCCACUCAGAGGCCCCCGUACUGCGAUGGCACCCACAGAAGUGAGAAGGUGCAGAAGGCAGAAGUGGGCACCCCGCUCUGAGGCACCAGGUAGCCUUGGCUACAGGCCUGGCAGCCACCCCUUUGUGGGAAGGAAAUCGAGUGCUGAUCCCAAGAAGGGACCGUCCAGUCCCCACAUCCAGCUGUGAAUAAAGUGCCCGCUGUAACUGAGGUGCCAGUGCGUUCAGCCAGGAGUGGGUACCUGGUUCAGUGUGCUGGGGAUAAUGGCAAUUAUAUGAAACAGGCAAGGCCAAGCAUGCGUGUGAUUCCGGCACUAGGGAAGCUGAAGCAGGACGAUUGCCAAGAGUUUGAGGCUAGUGUGGGCUAUGCAGUGAGUACAAGCCCAGAACUACAUAUACCAAGACCCUGCCUCCCAAAACAAAACCUAAAAAUAAAUAAAACAGCUGUCAAUCAAUCAA